CUCACGGCAACUGAUCAAGAGAUUCACUAAAGGGCGCUUCUCGUUGAAUGAGAUCUUCGUUGCUUCUUUAACUGUUGCACAAAGGCACCCAGUCUACUGUUGAUGAUUGACCUCGACCAGAUUUCAAGAGACUACCAAGAACUAAAUGGCACGACGACCGAAACGUGGAGCCGACCGCCAAGUGAACUCGAGUUCUCCCGUCUGGUUCAUAUCGGUCGUCCUGUUCUCUUUCUCAGCGACGUCCAGGACUUCGUGGCGCUCAACAAGUGGCAGAGUGAUGAAUAUCUCUCAAACAAGCUCGCAGAUUCUGAGCUUUCCGUGGCUUUCACGCCUGAUGGCCGCGCAGACGCGUUGGUGCACGCGUCUAACGGCACAACCUAUUUUGCAGAACCUCACACCCAAAAGCUGACGAUCGGCCAAUUACUAUCACGCUUGGAUCACGCUAACAAUCCCUCCUCGGCUAACCUGAAGGUCGAUCCACAUCCAGCUCCCAGAAUGUCAAUGUACACCCAUGGUUCGGGCGACCCUGACCAAUCAGACGCGGCGAUUUCCCAAAGUGCUUCCACAAGCGAGGUGUGUUAUCUUCAAUCUCAAAACGGCAAUCUCUAUGAUCCCCAAAAUCCCGCAUCACCCAAAUCGGAGAUGGAGGCUUUGAAAGAUGACGUGCCAAGGGACGUACCGUGGGUGACUCAGGCAUUAGGACACCCCCCUGACGCCGUGAACAUCUGGAUUGGCGAUCACCGGAGUAAGACAAGCGUCCAUUCUGAUCCGUAUGAAAACCUCUACACCGUCGUCAGGGGAACAAAACACUUCACCCUCUUCCCUCCAACGGAAGGCCACCUAUUAUCCGAGCGCCUCUACCCACGUGCAAUCUACACCCGCCAUUCGCCAGACGGUCCACUAGUUUUGACUCCCCUAGCUCCAAAUCCGAGGAAAACGGGACAGACCAGUGAAACGAACAAAGUUGAUAUCGAGGGCGACGCAGAUGAAUGUUCAGAUUCAAUGAACAGCGUGGAAGAAAACAUGAUCUUUUGGGCCUCAGCAGACACAACCGCCCCAAUACCUGGAACAAGGCCUGUUCACGUAAGGGUCCAUGCGGGCGAAACGCUCUACCUCCCGUCAGGUAGGUCCUUUCGUCAUGGGUCUUUUUCGCUUCGAUUGAGAAGCAAACGGCGAUCUCGACGUCAUAAUUGCCAUAUGCAAUAUGUAUAUAGGAUGGUGGCAUGCCGUUGCGCAGGAGGGCGAAGAGGCGGGUGGGAAAGGCGUGGUAAUCGCUGUGAAUUGGUGGUAUGACAUGGAAAUGAGGGGUGACAGGUGGAUAUUCGUAUAGGUUACAGCAAUCCCUCUCCUUGCAGACAUCUCAAGAUGAGAUACGCCGAUCGUCGUUCUCUUUCGUGAGUAGGAUGAACAUCCUUCGCCGCUUCAUCCUCUCCAUCCCCCGUCCAAAGGACAUCAUCCAG